AUGAUGAGAAAUAAGGACAAAAGCCAAGAGGAGGACAGUUCGCUACACAGCAAUGCAUCGAGUCAUUCAGCAUCUGAAGAAGCUUCGGGUUCAGACUCAGGCAGCCAGUCGGAGAGUGAGCAGGGCAGCGAUCCAGGAAGUGGCCAUGGCAGUGAGUCAAAUAGUAGCUCUGAAUCUUCGGAGAGUCAGUCGGAAUCUGAGAGUGAAUCGGCAGGUUCCAAGUCGCAGCCAGUUCUUCCAGAAGCCAAAGAGAAACCAGCCUCUAAGAAGGAACGGAUAGCUGAUGUGAAGAAGAUGUGGGAAGAAUAUCCUGAUGUUUAUGGGGUUAGGCGGUCAAACCGAAGCAGACAAGAACCAUCACGAUUUAAUAUUAAGGAGGAGGCAAGUAGCGGCUCUGAGAGUGGGAGCCCAAAGAGAAGAGGCCAGAGGCAGCUGAAGAAGCAAGAAAAAUGGAAACGGGAGCUCUCAGAAGAUGAACAGGAGCAAGGCACCAGUGCAGAGAGCGAACCAGAGCAAACAGUGAAAGCCAGAAGACCUGUCCCCAGAAGAACAGUGCCCAAACCUCGUGUUAAAAAGCAACCUAAGACUCAGCGUGGAAAGAGGAAAAAGCAAGACUCUUCUGAUGAUGAGGAUGAAGAUGAUGAAGCUCCCAAAAGGCAGACGCGCCGCAGAGCAGCUAAAAAUGUGAGCUACAAAGAAGACGAUGACUUUGAGACUGACUCAGAUGACCUCAUUGAAAUGACUGGAGAAGGAGUUGAUGAACAGCAGGAUAAUAGUGAAACUAUCGAAAAGGUCUUAGAUUCAAGGCUGGGAAAGAAAGGAGCCACUGGAGCUUCUACUACUGUAUAUGCAGUCGAAGCUAAUGGAGACCCUAGUAGCGACUUUGACCCUGAAAAGGACGAAGGCGAAGUCCAGUACCUCAUCAAGUGGAAGGGCUGGUCGCACAUCCACAGCACAUGGGAAAGUGAAGAGUCCUUACAGCAACAGAAAGUGAAGGGCCUAAAAAAACUGGAGAACUUCAAGAAGAAAGAGGACGAGAUCAAGCAGUGGUUAGGGAAGGUUUCCCCUGAAGAUGUGGAAUAUUUCAACUGCCAACAAGAGCUGGCCUCGGAGCUGAACAAACAGUAUCAGAUCGUAGAAAGAGUAAUAGCUGUGAAGACAAGCAAAUCUACACUGGGUCAAACAGACUUUCCAGCUCAUAGUCGGAAGCCGGCCCCUUCCAACGAACCUGAGUAUCUAUGCAAGUGGAUGGGACUGCCCUAUUCAGAGUGCAGCUGGGAAGAUGAAGCCCUGAUCGGAAAGAAAUUCCAGAGCUGCAUUGACAGCUUCCACAGUCGCAACAACUCAAAAACCAUCCCCACAAGGGAAUGCAAGGCCCUGAAGCAGAGACCACGAUUUGUGGCUUUAAAGAAACAACCGGCAUAUUUAGGAGGAGAGAAUCUGGAGCUCCGAGAUUAUCAGCUGGAAGGUCUCAACUGGCUUGCUCACUCCUGGUGCAAAAGUAACAGUGUAAUCCUUGCUGAUGAAAUGGGCCUAGGAAAGACCAUCCAGACCAUAUCAUUCCUCUCCUACCUGUUCCACCAACACCAGCUGUAUGGCCCCUUUCUUAUAGUCGUCCCUUUAUCCACCCUCACCUCAUGGCAGAGGGAGUUUGAAAUCUGGGCACCAGAGAUUAACGUAGUGGUUUACAUAGGUGACCUGAUGAGCAGAAAUACGAUACGAGAAUAUGAAUGGAUUCACUCUCAGACCAAAAGGCUUAAGUUCAAUGCGCUUAUAACAACAUAUGAGAUCCUCUUAAAAGAUAAGACUGUGCUGGGCAGUAUUAACUGGGCCUUUCUGGGAGUGGAUGAAGCCCAUCGGUUGAAGAAUGAUGACUCUUUAUUGUAUAAAACUCUGAUUGAUUUCAAGUCCAACCAUAGGCUCCUGAUUACGGGGACCCCUCUUCAGAAUUCCCUCAAAGAGCUCUGGUCCUUGCUGCACUUUAUUAUGCCGGAGAAGUUUGAGUUCUGGGAAGAUUUUGAAGAAGACCAUGGGAAAGGGAGAGAGAAUGGCUAUCAGAGUCUUCAUAAGGUGCUAGAGCCUUUCCUUCUCCGGAGAGUGAAGAAAGAUGUAGAGAAAUCUCUUCCUGCCAAAGUGGAACAGAUUCUCAGAGUGGAGAUGUCAGCCCUUCAGAAACAGUAUUAUAAAUGGAUUUUGACCAGGAAUUACAAGGCUCUUGCCAAAGGAACAAGAGGCAGCACAUCUGGUUUCCUUAAUAUUGUGAUGGAACUGAAGAAAUGCUGCAACCACUGUUACCUGAUUAAACCCCCUGAAGAAAAUGAAAGGGAAAAUGGACAGGAAAUUCUUCUGUCCCUGAUCAGGAGCAGUGGGAAGUUGAUUCUAUUAGAUAAACUGUUGACAAGACUUCGAGAAAGAGGAAACAGAGUCCUUAUCUUCUCUCAGAUGGUGAGGAUGUUGGAUAUCCUGGCUGAGUACCUCACUAUUAAGCACUACCCUUUCCAGCGUCUGGAUGGUUCCAUCAAGGGAGAAAUCCGAAAACAGGCGCUGGACCACUUCAACGCAGAUGGGUCUGAGGACUUCUGUUUCCUGCUCUCGACAAGGGCUGGUGGCCUGGGAAUCAAUUUGGCUUCCGCGGACACAGUUGUCAUCUUCGACUCUGACUGGAAUCCCCAGAACGACUUGCAGGCACAAGCCCGAGCCCACAGAAUUGGUCAGAAGAAGCAGGUGAAUAUUUACCGCUUGGUUACAAAGGGGACCGUGGAGGAAGAGAUCAUAGAACGGGCCAAAAAGAAGAUGGUAUUGGACCAUCUGGUGAUUCAGCGCAUGGAUACCACUGGCCGAACGGUUCUGGAAAACAACUCUGGAAGGUCCAAUUCAAACCCUUUUAAUAAAGAAGAGCUGACAGCGAUUUUGAAAUUUGGAGCAGAGGAUCUCUUCAAAGAACUUGAAGGGGAGGAAUCAGAGCCUCAGGAAAUGGAUAUAGAUGAAAUUUUGCGCUUGGCUGAAACCAGAGAGAAUGAAGUCUCAACAAGUGCAACAGAUGAACUUCUGUCACAAUUUAAGGUUGCCAACUUCGCAACGAUGGAGGAUGAAGAAGAGCUUGACGAGCGCCCUCACAAGGACUGGGAUGAGAUCAUCCCUGAGGAGCAGAGGAAGAAAGUGGAGGAGGAAGAGCGGCAGAAGGAGCUGGAAGAGAUUUACAUGUUGCCUCGAAUUCGGAGUUCCACUAAAAAGGCUCAGACAAAUGACAGUGACUCUGACACUGAGUCUAAGAGACAGGCCCAGAGGUCCUCUGCCUCUGAGAGUGAGACGGACGACUCUGAUGACGACAAGAAGCCCAAGCGCAGAGGGCGUCCCCGAAGUGUGCGGAAGGACCUGGUGGAGGGAUUCACGGACGCUGAGAUCCGGAGGUUCAUCAAGGCGUAUAAGAAGUUUGGUCUCCCUCUUGAACGGCUGGAGUGCAUAGCACGUGAUGCUGAGCUGGUAGAUAAGUCUGUGGCGGAUCUGAAGCGCUUGGGGGAACUGAUUCACAACAGCUGUGUGUCAGCAAUGCAGGAAUAUGAAGAGCAGCUGAAAGAAAAUGCCAGCGAGGGGAAAGGACCAGGGAAAAAGAGAGGCCCAACUAUCAAGAUAUCUGGGGUUCAGGUUAAUGUGAAAUCUAUUAUCCAACAUGAAGAAGAGUUUGAGAUGCUGCAUAAAUCUAUCCCUGUGGACCCUGAAGAAAAAAAAAAAUAUUGCUUAUCCUGUCGUGUCAAAGCUGCACAUUUUGAUGUCGAGUGGGGAGUAGAGGAUGACUCUCGUCUACUGCUGGGGAUUUAUGAACAUGGCUACGGAAACUGGGAGCUAAUUAAAACGGACCCAGAGCUUAAGUUAACUGACAAAAUUCUGCCCAUGGAGACAGAUAAAAAGCCCCAGGGGAAGCAGCUGCAGACCCGAGCAGACUACUUGCUGAAGCUGCUCAGGAAGAGUCUGGAGAAGGAGGGCGCCGUGACGGGCGGGGAAGAGGCCAAAUUAAAGAAGCGGAAGCCUCGAGUGAAAAAGGAAAACAAAGCACCGAGGCUGAAGGACGAGCAUGGGAUUGAGUUUUCAUCUCCUCGACACUCGGACAAUCCGUCAGAAGAGGGGGAAGUAAAGGAUGAUGGCUUAGAAAAAAGUCCAACGAAAAAGAAACAGAAGAAGAAAGAGAACAAGGAGAAUAAGGAGAAACAAAUGAGUUCUAGGAAAGACAAGGAAGGGGACAAGGAAAGGAAGAAAUCGAAAGACAAGAAAGAGAAGCCUAAAGGUGGUGAUGCCAAAUCUUCCAGUAAAUCCAAGCGCUCUCAGGGCCCUGUCCACAUCACCGCAGGAAGCGAACCCGUCCCCAUUGGAGAGGAUGAGGAGGAUGAUCUGGACCAGGAGACAUUCAGCAUAUGUAAGGAGAGGAUGCGGCCUGUGAAGAAGGCGCUGAAACAGCUGGACAAGCCUGACAAGGGGCUCAGCGUCCAGGAGCAGCUGGAGCACACCCGCAACUGCCUGCUGAAGAUCGGGGACCGGAUCGCUGAGUGCCUUAAGGCCUACUCAGACCAGGAGCACGUCAAGCUGUGGAGGAGGAACCUGUGGAUUUUUGUUUCCAAGUUUACAGAAUUUGAUGCUCGAAAAUUGCAUAAGUUAUACAAGAUGGCUCAUAAGAAAAGAUCUCAAGAAGAAGAGGAGCAGAAGAAGAAAGAGGAUGUGAUUGGGGGUAAGAAACCAUUUCGACCAGAGGCCUCGGGUUCCAGCCGUGACUCCCUGAUGUCUCAGUCCCACACCCCGCACAACCUUCACCCGCAGAAGCCUCAUUUGCCUGCCUCUCACGGCCCACAGAUGCACGGACACCCAAGAGACAACUACAAUCACCCCAACAAGAGACACUUUAGUACUGCAGACCGAGGCGACUGGCAGAGGGAAAGAAAGUUCAACUAUGGCGGUGGCAAUAACAACCCGCCCUGGGGGAGUGACCGGCACCACCAGUACGAGCAGCACUGGUACAAGGACCACCACUACGGGGACCGGCGACACAUGGACGCCCACCGCUCGGGGAGCUACCGCCCCAACAGCCUGUCGAGGAAGAGGCCGUAUGACCAGUACAGCAGCGACCGAGACCACCGGGGCCACAGGGACUACUACGACCGGCACCAUCAUGACUCCAAGCGGAGGCGAUCGGAUGAAUUUAGGCCUCAAAAUUACCACCAGCAGGAUUUCCGACGAAUGUCUGAUCACCGCCCCCCUAUGGGCUACCACGGCCAGGGGCCCUCGGACCACCACCGCUCUUUCCACACAGACAAACUGGGGGAGUAUAAACAGCCCCUACCCCCACUGCACCCCGCAGUCUCAGAUCCUCGCUCUCCCCCUUCUCAGAAAUCUCCUCACGAUUCCAAGUCACCCCUGGAUCAUCGGUCUCCUUUGGAGAGAUCACUAGAACAGAAGAACAACCCAGAUUAUAACUGGAAUGUUAGGAAAACAUAA